UCAAACCUUAGGAACGGGUGGGGGUGAGCAGGUUUCUUCAGUUUGUGACAGGAGGAGCAGCAAAAUAGGCAUGGACGAUGUCACCCACUCAAAGUCACUGUGCGGUUGAAUGAUAGAAUCACUUUAGUUAGUGUACAUAUAAGGCGACAACUUAUCUUAUGGCUAUUGAAGUGCAUUUGCUUUUGUAAAAUUAAACGUAAGCAGUUGGUUAGCAGCGAGCUAACAGCUAGCUAGCUUUAUCUAAACCAAUGUUCGGCUAACUUUUGAUGCAGAAAAGUGUCUUGGGGGGAAACGAUCUCGGGAUUGAAAAGUACAACUGGAGGACAUUUUUCCAAAACAUUGGAAAUUGUGCUGGUGUCAAAUUAGGAACUGUCAGAUGCUUAGGUGGUUGUGAGCAGGCUUGACGUCAAGGUGAAGGAGCCACAAGCUAAAUUAAUGAUCUACUUCGAGCAACUGAUGAACACAACAUCAACUCCCAGAGCUACUGCCCCCUAGUGGUGUUAUUCAUGAGUGCGGUCCAAGUAAGUGGUGUACCGCAUAGUCUGGCAUGGGGAGUGGAGUGCAGGAUCAACAUGCAGCCCUCACCCAUGGCGAAGUGCUGCCGCGGGCCUCCAGUCAGUCAGAAGGCCUGAAGCAGACUCGCUCUGUCCUCAACUCGCUCUUCUCGGGGGCUUUAGCAGGAGCUGUGGCCAAAACAGCUGUUGCGCCGUUGGACAGGACUAAAAUCAUCUUUCAAGUGUCUUCAUCAAGAUUCUCUGCAAAAGAGGCCUACAGGUUAAUCUACCGCACAUAUCUUAAGGAUGGCUUCUUCUCACUGUGGCGCGGCAACUCUGCCACGAUGGUGCGAGUCAUCCCGUACGCCGCCAUCCAGUUCUGCACUCACGAGGAGUACAAAAGUCUCCUGGGCGACUAUUAUGGCUUUCAGGGGAAGGUCCUCCCACCACUCCCAAGGUUACUGGCCGGAUCGAUGGCCGGCAUCACCGCAACCAUGUUGACGUAUCCUCUCGAUAUGGUGCGAGCUCGGAUGGCUGUCACACCGAAAGAAAUGUACAGCAACAUUCUGCAUGUUUUUGUACGGAUCUCCCGGGAAGAGGGCCUGAAGACCCUCUAUCGAGGUUUUACGCCCACCAUACUGGGCGUGGUCCCCUACGCGGGCCUCAGCUUCUUUACCUACGAGACGCUGAAAAAACUUCAUGCAGAGCGAAGCGGACGCCCGCAGCCCUACUCGUACGAGCGGCUGGCCUUCGGGGCCUGCGCCGGCCUCAUCGGCCAGUCGGCGUCUUACCCGUUGGACGUGGUGCGGCGGCGCAUGCAGACCGCCGGGGUCACCGGUCACACGUACGGCACCAUCCUGGGCACUAUGAGGGAGAUCGUCUCCGAGGAGGGAGUCAUCCGAGGGCUCUAUAAAGGCCUCAGCAUGAACUGGGUCAAAGGGCCCAUUGCGGUGGGGAUCAGUUUCACAACCUUUGACCUGACGCAGAUCCUCCUGAGGAAACUGCACGAGAUGGGCUACACGUCCCGGUAAUGGCUUGAAAACACAGAACUUUUGGAUGUGGGGAUUUCAGUGGAGCGUGAAUGAGAAAAGAGGUUUGAGUGCAAAUGUGCUCCGUGGUUCAACAGAGGCUGCCAUUUAUUUACUGCCCAUUUUACGAUAUACAAGAAUACACCUAAAUUAGUUUUUUGAGAUAAUUAGCUUUUAAUUGCCACAAAACUGAAGUAUGUAGGGAUGCAUUUCUUCAAAUUUUUUGUUUGGAUUAUUUUGUGUUCCCCUCCCCAAGCCACCACGAGGUCCCGAGUUUGAGAAACCGUGCACUAUCGAACAAUGAUGACGACACAUUGGAUGCCUUUCAAUCUCAUCUCAAGCUGCUGCAAGCAUCUCAGUAGCGGCUUUUCAAGUGCCUGGCCAGAAUAGUAACCACUCUUUACUGUGACUAAGCUACUUUCACCAACCAAAUUUCAAGGUUGGUCAUUUAUUUAUUUUUGUUAGUUUUUGAUGGUGUGUUGCUGGAGGUGGUUUGCUGGUGGAGGAUUGUUAGGACUCAGAAUCAAUGCCAUUCGUCAGUCCAUUUUUAUUAUUUUUUUUCUAUCCGGGUUUUGUAACCCUGGUAAUUUAGGGGCAGAGACAAUCCACGUCCCACAAAUCGUGUCCAACCAAUUCGAUUUGAGCGUGUUUUUUGAUAUACUUGCAUGCAAGGGGGUGUUGCCAGAGAUUUUUCGACUGAAAUGCUGCAGAUUGAAAAUAGUAUUUUCUAUGACACUGUUAGUCACGGACCCUUAAAAUGAUCAACGCUUUCCUCCCUAUACUUUGGCUUUGUUUUGACUAACGGCCACAGCAGGUUCACGCUGUCGGAUUGGUUUCAUUUGAAUAGACUUGAUGGAACACUAAAUUCUGACAAUUUGAGUGAUGUGUGUUUUAAUGUUCAUUUAAUAUACUUGUCGAUUUAAUUGUUUUAACACAAUUUGCAUACCGCAGAGUUCAAGGUAUUGCACGGUGUGUAUUGUUACAAGUUGUUCAAAACAGUGUUUUGUGCCAUCUGAGUGUGUACAUGCGUACCUCAUCUCAUUGUAUACACGGCAUUCGGAUUGAUGCAGGACUUUUCAAAUGUUAACUAAAACUGAUGAGUACAAUUGGAA